CGCGCUGUCCCUCCCGCAGGUCCUGUACAACCUGUUCAAGUCCUUCUGCCAGAUGAAGACCAUCGAGCCCGUGGACGUGUUCGCCGGCAUCGCCAACUUCUUCGCGGUGGGGGUCGGCGGCGUGCUGAUCGGCGUCUUCCUGGGCUUCAUAGCGGCCUUCACCACGCGCUUCACGCACAACGUGCGCGUGAUCGAGCCGCUCUUCGUCUUCCUGUACAGCUACCUGUCCUACAUCACGGCCGAGAUGUUCCACCUGUCGGGCAUCAUGGC